GAGUUUUCAUGCGUUCAUGGACGCUUGGCAAAGAAGAUCUGCGGGGGACAAGGCCGUGGGAAUAGUGUAUGGCCACAUGGCCGAGAAGGACGACCGAGCUGAAGAAGCAGGCGACUGUCCAUCGGCGGAUAUUCUGUGGAGAAGCUCUCUUCGCGGGAUCGCCUGAUCACUUCCGAUCUGACUUGGGAACGCUCAGAAACAUCUCGCGCGAGACGGUAACAGUCCCGAUGGCGCAGACCGUCUUCUAGACUUAUCGACCCAGAUGACAUUCCUUCCCUUCCUCUCCUCGAUAACGGUCGACCUCUGAGGAUGAGCAACUUCUUCUACUAUGUCACACACGGCAACGCCAAGCCAGCCCGGAACAACAAUGGCGUGCCCCCACAGGUGCAAGACCUCUAUGUAACGCCGACGCAGAUGCCAACGUAUGCGCCUGGUCUGGCCGAGGGUCACGUAGAGGUCCAAGCAGAGUCACCUGGGAUCGCAAGGGCACAAGGAGCAAAGUACACCUGCCAGAAAUGUGGUGCAGCCACUCGCUCGUCAAAGCUCGUGUGUUCGACUUGCGUGCAAGCUGCGAGGACGAGGAGAGCCAACGGUCACGCUGAGCCCGUACCACGUUCGCCUGCACGUGAGAGUGUACCGGCUCUGCAGGUGCCAUACGGGCAAGAGGCAGGCCAGUCUCCCGGCUAUGCAGCCGAGCAAUCACAAGGCUACUUCCAGCCCGUCUAUGCGCCUGUGCCCGAGCCUGAACAUGCUGCGCCUGCGCCUUAUCAGCAAGUUGUGUAUGAACCGCAAGAAGUCAUUCGAUCUCAUUCGGGUCCUCAGACGCCUGCGGGCGAGCCACCAGGUCAUCGUAGUAGGCAGGCAAAGUAUGUCUGUCGCAAGUGUGGCAACGCUACUCGAUCGAGCAAGGGAGUUUGCUCGACGUGUUGUGCCGCACGUAAAGGUGGUCCGAUGUUCGUGCCUCAGUAUGUUUCGUAAAGGUUUCGCUGUAUGGGGAAUUGCAUUCGUCGGUUUGUGUAC